CUUCUUUUACAAAACAGGCUGUCCUCCUCUGGAUGCCUUUGAACUUGGUUCAGUGGGAAGGAGUGGAAUUCUCCCCACACCAUCUGCUCUUGGUGUGGAGCUUGGCAAGACUGUCCGGCAAAAUGAAACGACUCACGUGCCUUCUCAUCUGGUUAUUUCUCUCUGAAGCACAGGGCUUGGAAAUCCCUACAAACGGACUUCCUGAAUUUGCAGAAUAUGGAGAUCUUGUGGAAGUGGCUCCAGGAAAAUUUCAACUUGUGCCAGAGAACCGGAGAUAUCAGAGAAGUGUUUCUGGAGAAUCUGGAGAAAUAUUGGAAGAGGAUGACCAAAUAACUCUUUAUAGCUAUAAAGUGAAGUCCACUAUUACUUCUCGCUCGGCCAACACCAUCAUCCAAAGCAAAGUGGUCAACAACUCCCCGCAGCCUCAGAAUGUGGUAUUUGAUGUUCAGAUUCCCAAAGGAGCCUUCAUUUCCAACUUCUCCAUGACUGUGAAUGGCACAACCUUUACUAGCUCCAUUAAAGAAAGGACAGCAGGGCGAGCCUUCUACGCUCAGGCGAAAGCAAAAGGCAAGACGGCGGGAUUGGUGAGGAGCAGUGCUCUCAAUAUGGAGAACUUCAAAACCGAAAUCAAUGUCCUCCCAGGAGCAAAGGUGCAGUUUGAACUUCACUACCAGGAAGUGAAGUGGAGGAAGCUAGGAUCCUAUGAACACAGGCUUCAUCUGCAGCCUGGACGACUGGUCAAACACCUGGAGGUAGACGUGUGGAUUAUUGAACCUCAGGGAAUGCGAUUUCUUCAUGUUCCAGAUACAUUUGAAGGCCAUUUUGAUGGUGUUCCAGUCAUAUCUAAAGGAAACCAGAAGGCGCAUGUCUCCUUCAAGCCCACAGUGGCACAGCAAAGAAAAUGCUCCAAUUGCUCCGAGACUGCAGUGGAAGGGGAGCUGGUAGUGAUGUAUGAUGUGAACAGAGAAGUGAAAGCUGGGGAGCUCCAGGUAUUUAAUGGAUAUUUUGCCCACUUCUUUGCUCCUGAAAACCUGGACCCAAUUCCUAAAAACAUCCUGUUUGUCAUUGAUGUUAGUGGCUCCAUGUGGGGAAUUAAAAUGAAACAAACCGUGGAAGCAAUGAAAACCAUAUUAGAUGACUUAAGAGCUGACGACAAAUUCUCUGUGGUUGAUUUCAACCACAAUGUUCGAACCUGGAGAAAUGAUUUGGUUCCAGCCACUAAAACACAGAUCACAGAUGCCAAGAAGUAUAUUGAGAAAAUCCAGCCUAAUGGUGGCACAAAUAUCAAUGAAGCACUUCUACGGGCCGUCUUUAUUUUGAAUGAAGCCAAUAACUUGGGAUUGUUGGACCCUAACUCGGUCUCCCUGAUCAUUUUGGUUUCUGAUGGAGAUCCAACAGUAGGUGAACUGAAAUUGUCAAAGAUUCAAAAGAAUGUAAAGCAGAACAUACGAGACAAUAUCUCCUUGUUCAGUUUGGGAAUAGGAUUUGAUGUGGACUAUGAUUUUUUGAAGAGACUCUCCAAUGAAAACCGUGGAAUUGCUCAAAGGAUUUACGGAAACCAGGACACUGCUUCCCAGCUCAAGAAAUUCUACAACCAGGUCUCUACUCCAUUGCUCCAGAAUGUUCAAUUCAACUAUCCCCAUUCGUCAGUAAUGGAUGUCACCCAAAACAGUUUCCAUAACUAUUUUGGAGGCUCAGAGAUUCUGGUGGCAGGAAAAUUUGACUCUGACAAAUUGGAUCAAUUACAGAGCAUUGUCACCGCGUCUUCGGCUAACACGGAGUUAGUCUUGGAAACUCUGGCCCAAAUGGACGACUUGGAGGCUUUUCUCUCAAGAGACAAGCAUGCAGAUCCUGAUUUCACCAGGAAACUGUGGGCCUACCUAACAAUCAACCAACUUCUAGCUGAGCGAAGUCUGGCUCCUACCGCUGCGGCCAAGAAGAAAAUUACAAAGAAGAUCGUGCAGUUAUCUCUAGAUCAUCACAUCCUGACCCCACUGACUGCGAUGGUGAUUGAGAACGAUGCUGGGGAUGAGCGGAUGCUGGCAGAUUCCCCUCCACAAGAUCAUUCUUGCUGCUCAGGUGCGCUCUAUUAUGGCAGCAAAGUUGCUCCAAAUUCUAUCCCAUCUUGGGUCCAUCCUUCACCAACGCCAGCAAUUUCACUACAUUUAAAGGCAGCUCCAGUGAUUGAAACAACUCCUCCUCCACACGUAAUAAGAGUUGAAAAUGACCCACACUUCAUCAUUUACCUACCAAAGAGCAAAAAGAAUAUUUGUUUCAAUAUUGACUCAGAACCUGGAAAAAUCCUCAACCUGGUUUCUGAUCCAGAGUCAGGCAUUUUGGUCAAUGGUCAACUCAUUGGUGCCAAGAAGCCCAAGAAUGGAAAACUAAACACCUACUUUGGAAAACUGGCAUUGUAUUUCCAAAGUGAAGACAUGAAAAUAGAAAUCAGCACUGAAACCAUCACGCUGAACCAUGGGUCUCACACAUCCAUCUUGUCCUGGUCUGACACAGCUCAUGUCAUCAGUCAGAGGGUGCUCGUCUCAGUGAAGAAAGAAAGAACUCUGACGAUCACCCUGGAUAAAGAGGUGUCCUUUUCUGUCUUACUUCAUCGUGCUUGGAAGAAGCAUCCAAUCAACGUAGACUUUUUGGGGAUCUACAUUCCGCCGACAAACAAGUUUUCACCUCAUGUACAUGGACUAAUAGGCCAGUUCAUGCAGGAGCCAAAGAUCCGUAUCUUCAAUGAGAGACCAGGAAAGAACCCUGAGAAGCCGGAGGCCAGCAUGGAAGUGAAAGGACAUAAGUUGACUGUCACCAGAGGCUCACAGAAGGACUACAGAACUGACAUAGUGGCUGGGACAGAUGUUCCCUGCUGGUUUGUACACAACAAUGGAAAAGGUUUCAUUGACAGACAUUACAAAGAUUACCUUGUGCCUCAGCUCUACAGCUUUCUCAAGUGGCUUUAAGGGCUUCAAAAAGAGAAUUUUUGAAAUUAUAUGUAAAAAUAAAAUUUUCCCUGCCAUUUUUGUAGUCAUUCUUCAGUUUGAAUCAUUAAAAACUAACCAGAUAACCUGAAAAAAAUAAAUAUUUUGCAAAGAA